CCACCACCAUCCAUUUGUAGCUGGAUCCCCAUCAAUCCACCAUCUCCUCCGUUUCUCCAGCUCUAGCAUUAGAACCAACAAGCACAACUUUUCCACCACCGCAAGAAAACACACCCCUCCUCGUCCAAGCCAUGGAGGCCGCCAUGAUCCCCUUGAUCAAGAAGCUCGGCGGCCUACUCGCGGAUGAGUACAACCUGGAGACACGCGUGAGGAAAGGCGUCGAGUCUCUGAUAAUAGAGUUGGAGAUGAUGCACGCCGUUCUGCGCAAGAUUGGUGACAAGCCGCCGGAGCAGUUCGACGAGCAGGUCCUCAUCUGGGCGGGCAAAGUGAGGGACCUCUCCUACCGCAUGGAGGAUGCCGUCGACAGUUUCGUCGUGCGCGUGGAGGACGACGGCCAUGACCGUGGCUCCACCAACAUGAAGAACAGAGUCAAGAAGUUCCUCAAAAGGGCCACCAAACUGUUUACCAAGGGUAAGGCUCUUCAUCAGAUCUCCGAUGACAUUGAAGAAGCUCAGCGGCUCGCCAAGGAGUUGGGUGACCUGCGCCAAAGGUAUAUGAUUGACGCGCACGCCAGCGCUAAUGGUGAUGCCAUUGACCCUCGUCUGAAGGCGGUGUACAAAGAUGUCACAGAACUUGUUGGGAUAGAUCACAUCAGAGAUGGGCUGAUUGAAAAUCUGUGUGGUUGUGAUGAGAGAUCCAAGGACCAAUUAAGGACCAUGUCUAUUGUUGGAUUUGGCGGACUGGGCAAAACAACUCUGGCCAAAGCAGUGUAUGACAAGAUCAAAGUGCAGUUUCACAGUCGAGCUUUUGUUUCCGUUUCUCGGAAUCCUGACAUGACCAAGAUAUUCAAGAAGAUAUUAUAUGAACUUGACAAGAGCAAGUAUGCAACCAUCAACGAAGCUGCUAGGGACAAUGAACAACUCAUCGAUGAAAUGAGAAUGUUUCUUCAGGACAAGAGGUACCUUAUUGUAAUUGACGACAUAUGGGAUGAAGAAGCAUGGGAAUUUAUCAAGUGUGCUUUCUCUGACAAUUGUCUUGGUAGUCGAGUAAUGACUACGACCCGCAUAGGCAGUAUCUCUAAAGCAUGUUGUUCUUCUGGUGAAGAUAUAAUAUAUCAUAUGAAACGUCUUACUGAUGAUGACUCCAGAAAACUCUUCUACAAAAGAAUAUUUCCUCAAGGAAGUAAGUGUCCUGCUGAAUUGGAGCCAGUAUCUAGAGAAAUCUUAAAGAAAUGUGGUGGAGUACCACUAGCGAUCAUUACUAUUGCUAGUAUUUUAGCUAAUAAUGGUCAGGAUCAAUGGAUAAAGCCAAAGUAUCACUGGGACAACAUACUUGGCUCUAUUGGUCGUGGACUCGCAGAAGGUGGUAGUGCAAACGAUAUGCAUAGAAUAUUGUCCUUUAGUUAUUACGAUUUACCUUCUCAUCUGAAGGCUUGUUUGCUAUAUCUCAGUAUAUUUCCAGAGGAUUUUGAGAUAAGGAGAAAACGACUGAUAUGGAUGUGGAUAGCCGAAGGCUUGGUGCAAGAUGGAAAAAAACAAACUGGACUAUUUGAGCUCGGAGAGAGUUACUUCAAUGAACUCGCAAAUAGAAACUUGAUUCAACCAAUACAUGUUGAUGAUACAGGCAAGGCGAAAGCUUGUCGCGUCCAUGAUAUGCUUCUUGAUCUCCUAUGUUCCCUGUCCAGUGAAGUAAACUUUGUUACUAUAUUAGAUGGUACUCAGCAAAGCAAACAUAUUUCACACAACAAGAGUCGCAGAUUAUCUUUUCAAAAUAGCAUGUCAAAGCUCACCACCCAUGGGGUCGAUGCAACAAGUAUGUCACAAGUGAGGUCUGUUGUUCUCUUUAGAACUGAUACUGAUCUGAUCCGCACUGUUUCAGGCUUUCAUGUUUUACGUGUAUUGGAUUUAGAAGGUUGUGAUCUUCGAAAAAAUCGCCAACAUAUUGAUCUCAGGUAUGUUGAGAAUUUAUUACACCUAAGAUAUCUGGGGCUGAGAAAAACUUUUCUUGGUGAGCUCCCUGUGGAAAUAGGGAAGCUAAAGUAUUUGGAGACACUCGACUUAGCAGAAAAUGGGUCAAGUGUAGCAACGAUUCCAUCAAGUGUUGUCUGUCUAAGACGUUUGAUGUUCCUAGAUGCAGGCAAAGCGGUAUUACCCGUUGGGAUCGGGAACCUGACGUCCUUAGAAGAGUUGACUGGAAAAUUGGUGGAUAUGAAAGAGCUAGGGCAAUUGGUCAAGCUGAGAGUGCUAUACCUUUACUGGAAUGGGGACGAUGAGAGCAUGUGUAAUUCUUUGCAGCUGUCCUUGGGCAAGCUGCAGAAAAUGCAGAGUCUAACAAUUUUCAAUGUAGGGGAUGCAAGGUCUGAUGUCAGCUGGGAUGGUUGGGUGCCCACCCCACAGCUUCGGUAUCUCUUGUUUAGAUGUUGCACCACCACAUUGCCUAGGUGGGUUAAUUCAUCAUCGUUUCCCCUCCUCUCCUCCAUGAGUAUUUCAGUGGACAGAAUCCGGCCAGAAGUUGACAUUCAAAUCCUCGGGACGCUUCCCGCUCUUUGUCUUCUCUGGCUGUUGACCAGCAAACAUCAGCACACUUGUGUCAAAACAUUUGUCGUUGGCGCUAAUGCAUUCCGGUGUUUGAGAGAGUGCAGCUUCUUUGGUUUUCUCACGGGGCCAUCAAUGUUUCCACGAGGAGCUAUGCCAAGGCUUGAAUUCCUUAUGUUCUCAGCCCGAGCGUCGGAUAUUGUCGGCGGUGACCUGGAUGUCAGCAUGGGGCAUCUCCCUUUCCUCCGGCAUGUCAUGGUUUACCUGUGGCUUGAGGAAGGCAGCUCUUUAGAUAAGUUUAAGGAGGAAGCGGAUGUUGUACUGAGGCAUGCACUGGACAUCCAUCCCAACCGUCCCACCCUUGAGACCUAUAAGGAUGCUUUUUAUAACCAAUGACGACGACGUUCAAGCUCCGGUUGCUGCUGUGCCAAAUUCUGAAGCUGUGUAUGUGCGACUUGCGGUAAACGUCUUACCGAUCCUGGUAGAUGUGUUGCGUGUUAUAUAGAGGGGUUGCGAGCCCAAUCACGCGUACAAAGUUGUUAGGAGAUUUACAUCUUGGAAAGGAAGAAAGGCUAGAGAUAAGAAGAUAAAGAUUACAAGAUAUUCAUCUAACCAACUACUCCUUCGGUGGUGAACUCCUCCUUGUACACGCCAUGUACCCGCAAUGAUAUCAUGUUUGACACCCUCCCUUAA